UGCAAUUAGCCUCCAAAACUAAAAUUUAUGCAAAAAUCGAAACAUUCUGAAGAUUCAUUUGCUCAAUUAUUUUUUCCAUGAAUUGAUUAUACAUUGAAUCUCCAUUGGAGCCUGAAAUUGCAGAUUAACAGCCUGCUAUCUCCUCUCAAGGAGAAGACAGCGUAGCUACAGUUUCAAAAUAUGGAAGAGUUCAAAACCGCUAUACUGCAGCCUGGACUGCCGGAGAACUUUGCUCUGCAAACCGUUCAGCAGUUUAUUAAACCUCAGAGACAAACGAAAUUGGCGCAAGAUGAGAAUCAAUUGUUAGAAAAUAUGCUUCGGACGUUGCUUCAGGAGCUUAUGGCUUCUGCAAUACAGUCACAAGAGCCAAUAAUGUCAUAUGGGAAAUCGAUUGAUGAUAAGGAACAUUCUCAGGGUCAAAUUCCUAGUCUUUUAGAUGUUGUGUUGCAUCUUUGUGAGAAAGAGCAUGUAGAAGGUGGUAUGAUAUUUCAAUUGUUGGAAGAUUUGACAGAAAUGUCUACAAUGAAGAAUUGUCAAGAUAUAUUUGGUUAUAUUGAGAGUAAACAAGAUAUACUAGGGAAGCAAGAACUUUUUGCUCGUGGAAAACUUGUAAUGUUGAGAACAUGUAAUCAACUUCUCCGUCGUCUUUCCAAGGCAAAUAAUGUUGUGUUUUGUGGGCGGAUUCUCAUGUUUCUGGCACAUUUUUUUCCAUUGUCUGAACGUUCAGCCGUGAACAUAAAAGGAGUUUUUAACACAUCAAAUGAGACUAAAUAUGAAAAAGACCCACCGACUGGAAUUUCUCUUGACUUCAACUUCUACAAAACGCUCUGGAGUUUACAGGAACACUUCUGCAACCCUGCUUCCUUAACACUUGCUCCAACCAAGUGGCAGAAAUUUACUUCUAGUUUGAUGGUUGUAUUAAAUACAUUUGAAGCACAGCCCUUGAGUGAGGAAGAAGGAGAUGCUAACAACUUGGAGGAAGAGGCAGUUAACAUUAAAUAUCUCACAAGCAGUAAACUGAUGGGUUUAGAGCUAAAAGAUUCUAGUUUUCGACGCCAUAUUCUUGUGCAGUGCCUCAUAUUGUUCGACUACCUUAAGGCUCCAGGGAAAAAUGACAAAGAUUCAGCUUCUGAAAGCAUGAAAGAAGAAAUUAAAACUUGUGAAGAGCAUGUAAAGAAGCUACUUGAAAUGACUCCACCUAAAGGAAAGGAUUUUUUUCAAAAGAUUGAGCAUGUGCUAGAACGGGAAAAGAACUGGGUUUGGUGGAAACGAGAUGGCUGCCAACCAUUUGAAAAGCAGCCAAUAGAGGACAAAUCUGUGCUAGAGGGAACUAAAAAACGUAAGCCAAGGUGGAGGUUGGGAAACAAAGAACUCUCUCAAUUAUGGAAGUGGGCUGAUCAAAAUCCGAAUGCCUUAACUGAUCCUCAACGUAUUCGAACACCAGCCAUUGCAGACUACUGGAAACCUAUGGCAGAUGAUAUGGACCCAUCAGCUGGAAUAGAAGCUGAGUAUCAUCAUAAAAAUAACCGGGUGUAUUGCUGGAAGGGUUUGCGAUUAUCAGCUAGGCAGGACUUGGAUGGAUUUUCGAGAUUUACUGACCAUGGUAUUGAAGGAGUCGUUCCUCUAGAACUUCUGGCACCGGAUGUCCGUUCCAAAUAUCAAGCCAAAUCUAAUGACAGGUCUAAACGUGCCAAAAAGGAAGAUGGAAAGGGUGCUCCAAAUCUAACAGAAGAAAAUCAGAUGGCAACACCUGCAAGUGAGACAGAUUGUGAUGGAAUGAGAAGUGAUGAAGCUGCAAACGCUGCAAUGGACUCUGAAGCAAUGGCUAUGGCAGGCAGUGCUUCGCAGGGUGCCACUCCGUCUCCAGAUGAAGGGCAAACACCAGAUGAACACCAAAGGCAAAGCCCUGAUGCAGAUAUGGGUCAGGAAUUGGAAGCCAAUGGUGAAGUAGAUGCGGGAAUGGUGGAUGGAGAGACCGACGCGGAAGUAGAUUUAGAAGCAGGGAGUUAAAAUAUAUGUUUUGCAAACUGUAACGUGUUAAAAAAAUUGUAUCAAACCCCAGAGAUUUAAUAACCAUUGAGAUGGAGCCAAUAUAACCAAAACUAUCAAUUUAAAUGAAAAGCUUAUUAUGCUAGAUAUUAUCAA